CAGUGCUGAAGCACCGCCUCUGGCGGUCAGUCCAGCUUGGCGACAUCGGAACGUUUGCGUCGGCUUGUUUUCCACACGGGUAGUUUUUGCGACGGACCAAACCAGAGCCUGGCGAAAUGGAAGUGAAGAAUGCCAACGCCGCUAUGCUCAGUAACUACGAGGUGUUCAAACUCCUCACAGACCUGAAGGAACAGAGGAAGGACAGCGGGAAGAACAAACACAGCGCCGGGCAGCAGAACCUCAACACCAUCAUGUAUGAGACGCUGAAGUACCUGUCGAAGAUGCCCUGCAGCAGGCAGAGCCCAGAUAUCGUCAAAGACUUCCUCACCACCAUGAUGCCUCACAAACUCACAAAGGCAGAAAAACUGCAGCUAUUGAACCACCGGCCACAGACAGCAGUGGAAAUUCAGCUUAUGGUGGAAGAGAGUGAGGAGCGGUUAUCGGAGGAGCAGAUCGAGGAGCUCAUCCAGACGGUCGCUGACGCCCUACCUGGUGACCCGGAGCAGGAGAACGCAGCUCCAGCAGAUGCAGAGAUGGAGGAAGCCGGCGAACAGUCAUGACACAGUGACAGGCCAGAAAUGACUCAUACUGUGGAGGAAGAACUGGAGUGAGGGAUUAAAAUGAUUACAGAACUGAGCGUGUUGCUGCUCUGAUUUGUAUAUCACAUCAGCUGAGGUUCAUGCAGAGACUGUCUGCUGUUAACCUGAUGUAGUUUUGGUUUCCGACUAAUUAUUAAUAAUCACUUUCUUCUGUGUUGGCGUGUGUAUGUUUUUCCAAGCUGUAAUAUCUGUCAGUCAUGCAGUCGAAUUUGCAUUGAUACACAGCACAAAUAUAAGGUCAGAUGGUGUUAUUAGAGUGGCGACAUAAGAAAGAGAGUAGAAAGUAUGGACCAAGAGUUGAUUGUUUUCUCUUAUUAAUGCUAUAUUUUUAAUUAAUAUCAUGCCAAAUGUGUCUGUGGCUUUUUGUCGUUUUGAUUGACACGGUCAGGUAGAAGGGAAGUUAACACACCACAAGAUAUGCUGACAGGAAAGCCUGCAGCAGCACAGCUCACCGAAGAGCCGCUGCUAAAUUUGGACACAAAAGCAUUUUACAGCCAGACGGUGGUGGUGUCACCUUCAGCUGCAAGAAAAAACUCUUCAGUGCAUCCUCUCUGUGUCGUCCUGUUGGUCUGUGAACGCAACACAAAGGUAGAAAAGCGCUUGUGAAAUGCCAUAAACACAUCACGUUAGUCAUCAUACACGCAGUUUAUGUAGCCAUUUUAGGAGGUUAUCUUGGGUCUGUUGUCGUCUUCAGAAGUGAUAGGAAAGAGUUAAUCAUCCUGAGACAGUUAUCGUUCUCACUGAUCACGCAGAGAUAACACAGGAUAUGAGCCGCACACUGAUACAUAAACUCUUCAUCUACAGGAUCUGGGUCAGCUCGUGUUUUCUGUGCUGGGAUGUCGUGAGGUAGCAGAGGAAGGAUACGCUGUUUUUUUUUUUUUUUCUUUUGAGCUUCCUGUUAGUGUAUCACAUCAGUUUCCUGUGAGUCGUAAUACCUUGCUGAGGUAAUACACUGAGGAAAAAGUAAAAGUCACAGACGCUGAUUUGGUACCAGCACAUACAGGAGCCCCGAGGCUGAUUGUUAGACUCAGAAUUACACUGAAGAACAGAGCAAACAGCAGUCUCAAAGGUCCACCAUUAACAGACUGCCAUCCUCAUAAAAGUGUACAAUCACCUGAAACUAGGAGUCUUUGUUUUUGUUACCUUAGAAAUGAAUACCUGUAGAGGGAGGUCCUCUUUCCUGGUGUCUGCCUCUAAAAGGGGACUGUCGGGUUCUUGGCAGGUUGGACCUGCAGCCUCACCAGAUGCCAAUGAAUCCAACACACUGGACUUUUAAUAUGGCUUUGUGUGGUAUUAUCUUAUUUUAGGACUAAUAGAAUACAUGCUAAUGAAAAUAAAAAGUAAUUGCUGUCCCAGAGUUUAAAUGUUGCCGUGUCAAAGUGAGCAGUCGAAGGGUCCUGAAAGCUCCCAUCUGCUGGCAUGUGUUAAUGUGUUUAAUUUGAUUUUAAUUAUGCAGAUAGUGAGAGUGAGUUAGUGCGAGCUAGUUUUUGUCCCAUUAAAUUAACCUGGUUGUGA